AUGUAUACGAAUGGAUCUACUAGGGAAUUACUAACACUGGCACCAUUGGACUUAUCUGCUACAGAUAUUUACCCAGCGUUUGUAUUUGGCACACUUACCUAUUUAAUUAUUGUAUUUUGCAACCUGUUGGUAUUAACAACUAUUGCUGUGAGUAAAAAGCUACACAAGCCCAUGUUUAUCCUGUUGUUUAACUUGCCCAUUAGUGACAUGAUGGGUGCUACAGCUUUUUUCCCUCAGCUUCUUUUUAGCAUUGUGAGACAGGACAGGCUGAUUUCGCAUCCUGCAUGUAUUACUCAGGCAUUUCUGAUUCAUUUUUAUGGUACAGGAAACAUGCUGAUCUUGACUGCCAUGGCAUAUGACAGAUACAUUGCUAUAUGUUGUCCUUUGAGGUAUAAUGCUAUUAUGAGUCCACAUAAUUUAAUCAGAAUUAUUAUUUUAAUAUGGUUUAUAAAUUUCUCAGUGAUUUUUACCUUGUGUGUGAUGGUUGCACGGUUUAAAGUUUGCAGGAUGAAUAUAGUUGAUUUGUACUGUAACAAUCCAUCAUUAUUGAAACUGGUGUGUGAGGACACCAGAGUCAACAACUACUAUGGAAUAGCUACUAUAUUUGUGAUUAUGGGUGGACCACUGCUAGUGAUAAUAUACACAUAUGCACAGAUCUUGCGCACAUGUGUCAUGACUAAUCAUACGGAUGCCCGGAGAAAAGCCCUUCAAACAUGCGGUACACAUUUAGUUGUUUUCUUAAUCUUGCAAAUUAAUACAACCUUUACACUCAUUGCUCAUCGCAUUGAGAGUGCAUCCCCGUACAUUAGAAGGAUUCUUGGUGUGUCAAUUUUAAUAUUUCCCCCUUUUUUGGACCCAAUUAUAUAUGGACUGAAAACUACAGAACUGAAGCAGAACAUGUUAAUGUUUCUAAAAAAAAACUUUGGUUCAACCAAGUUGUAA